AUGCAUUUCACCAAACCCCUCAAAACCCUCCUAGCCAUCCUCCCCUUCACCAGCACCGUCCUCGCAAAAGAAUCAUCGCCUUCGCUCCCCUCAACUCCAGAACUCUCUUUUCUCUAUACAGCCUACGUCAUUUGCGCCCCUUCAGUCUAUGAAUUCCAAACUCCCGCCGGAAUCCAAGCUGCAAUCCCUAUCAUUGGCGGCAACUUCACCGGACCCCGCUUGAAAGGAAAGAUCCUCGAUCUCGGCGCGGACUGGGGAACCGCCGAUCCGCAGACGGGCAUUUUCUCCGCGAACACCAGAUAUAAUCUGCAGACCCAUGAUGGGGCUUAUCUAUACCUGCAAACCUCGGGAGCUGAGCAGCCCGAUGGCAAUCUGCAUUUGAGGAUCAAUAUUGCGACAGGGAGUAAGGAGUACUAUUGGUUGAAUAAUGUUGUUGCUUUUGGAAUUUUGCAAAAUGUCGGCGACACUGCGGAGGGCGUUUCGACUUUGCGUAUCGAUGCUUGGCAUAUGGCGAAUGAGUGGAACUCCACCACGUUUGUUAAUGGGACUACAUAUCCGUGA